AUGUCCAAACAAGUGUCUAGUGUCUUCGAUACCAUCUUGGUUUUAGAUUUUGGUUCUCAAUAUUCUCAUUUAAUCACCAGAAGAUUAAGAGAAUUCAACAUUUAUGCGGAAAUGUUACCAUGCACCCAAAAAAUAGCUGAAUUAGAUUGGACUCCAAAGGGUGUCAUCUUAUCUGGUGGUCCAUACUCAGUCUAUGCUCCAGAUGCCCCUCAUGUUGAUCACGAUAUCUUCAAAUUAAAUGUUCCAAUCUUGGGUAUCUGUUAUGGUAUGCAAGAAUUAGCUUGGAUCAACGGUAAACAAGUUCAUCGUGGUGAAAAGAGAGAAUAUGGUCCUGCCACUUUACAUGUCGAAGAUAAAGAUAAUGAUCUAUUUAGAGGUAUUGAUAACUCUACUGUUUGGAUGUCUCAUGGUGAUAAAUUAAAUGGUUUACCAACAGGCUUCAAGACUAUCGCCACUUCUGACAACUCUCCAUACUGUGGUAUCAAACACGAAACUGAACAAAUCUACGGUAUCCAAUUCCAUCCAGAAGUUACUCAUUCCACUAUGGGUAAACAAUUAUUGAAAAACUUUGCUGUCAACAUCUGUCAAGCUAAACAAAACUGGACUAUGGAAAACUUUAUUGACACCGAAAUCCAAAGAAUCAGAGACCUUGUUGGUCCAACUGCUGAAGUCAUCGGUGCUGUCUCUGGUGGUGUUGACUCCACCGUCGCUUCCAAAUUAAUGACCGAAGCUAUCGGCGACAGAUUCCACGCUAUUAUGGUUGAUAAUGGUCUUUUAAGAUUAAAUGAAGCCGAAACCGUUAAGAAGACUCUUGUAGACGGUUUAGGUAUCAAUUUGACUGUUGUUGAUGCCUCUGAUGAAUUCUUGGGCAACUUGAAAGGUGUUACCGACCCAGAAAAGAAGAGAAAGAUCAUCGGUCACACUUUCAUCCAUGUCUUUGAAAGAGAAGCUGAAAAGAUUAAACCAAAGGAUGGUUCUGAAAUUCAAUUCUUGUUACAAGGUACUUUGUACCCAGAUGUCAUUGAAUCUAUUUCCUUUAAAGGUCCAUCUCAAACCAUUAAGACCCAUCACAACGUUGGUGGUCUAUUAGAUGACAUGAAAUUGAAGUUGAUUGAACCUUUAAGAGAACUAUUCAAGGAUGAAGUUAGACACCUUGGUGAAUUAUUAGGCAUCAGCCAUGAACUAGUCUGGAGACAUCCUUUCCCAGGUCCAGGUAUUGCUAUUCGUGUCCUUGGUGAAGUUACUAGAGAACAAGUUGCCAUUGCCAGAAAAGCCGAUUAUAUUUACAUUGAAGAAAUCAGAAAGGCUGGUUUAUAUGAUAAAAUUUCUCAAGCCUUUGCUUGUUUAUUACCAGUUAAAUCUGUUGGUGUCAUGGGUGAUCAAAGAACUUAUGAACAAGUCAUUGCUUUAAGAGCCAUUGAAACCACUGAUUUCAUGACUGCUGACUGGUUCCCAUUCGAACAUAGUUUCUUAAAGAAAGUUGCUUCUAGAAUUGUUAACGAAGUUGACGGUGUUGCCAGAGUUACCUAUGAUAUUACUUCCAAACCACCAGCAACUGUUGAAUGGGAAUAG